GUGACCCUGCCCUUUCUAUUCCUCCCUUCUUCUUCCCGUGCCUCACAUCUCUCUGUUCCCUCUCGCUCUCUCUCCCACAGGAGCCCAUGGCGGAAGAGCCCCGCGUCAUCCGAGUCAAGCCGCCGGCGGGCCUCCAGCUCCUCCCGAGCAAGGGCCUCGCGCUCCUGGAGCCCCUGCAUCCUCUCGUUCCAGAAGGAGACGAGCCUUCCCAAGUUUCUCGUCGACUCCUCUGCCUCACCAGACCAAGCCGCCUCCUGCAUCGCGUCGCCGACCUCCUCUCCAGCAAGGAGCCACCUCCGCCGGCCUUGCCCGUUCUGGCCGGAUCCCGCCGCCUGGGCCCCGUCCCCGGCCACCGGUGCCCUCGCCGGAGACCAUCUGCGCCGCCCGUCAAGUCUAGCGCCUCUGCUUCGCUCGCCUGAGCCAGCGCCUCGUCCCGCCUGCUGCUGCUUCUGUUCUUCAGAAGCGAACAGCUCGCCCGCUCACCCCGUUGACCG